AUGACUGAGUCUUUGGGGGCAUCGUUGCUUAACGAAAAUCUCCUGGCUUCGAUAAAUGGGCCUAAGCGACAUGCGGCCUGCGACGAGUGCAGAAAGCGAAAGCUCAAGUGCUCGGGCGAAUUGACCGGGUGCACUCGCUGUUUGAAACAGUCUAUCACAUGUCACUAUUCUGUGCAGAAACAAAUGGGUCGCCCACCCAAAAAAAGAGCUCGCGAAGACGAAGAUGCACCCGACUUCUCCACACAUGCCAACGUCUGGCCCAGUCCAGAGGUAACCCCGCCGAAGUAUUCUCAAGACGAACAGUCCACAUUACCAGAUAUGGCGGCACAGCUUUGUCCACAAAUCUUCUGGCAGGGGCUACACGCUAUGAAUACAUCGAACGAUAUACUCGGAGAUCAAGACAACCAAAAAUGGCAAGAACGCCCCAAAAAUCCAAAUCUCCCUGUUCCACAGUCCGAAAGUCCCUGGCCAGAUUUCUCGACAGUUACAGAAGCCACAUCUAGCCUGUAUCCGGUCCAUACAACUCUCCAAGACAACAUAGAUGCCCUCCCUCUUACGCCUCCCGUCUCCAGUCCCUCCGACCCCACGCCCCAAUGCACCUGCUUGUCAUAUCUAUACCUAUGUCUCAGCCAUAUCUCCUCCCUCUCCGCCUUCCCCGUCAACUCCCACAUUCUCUGUUCUCUCUAUAUCGCCGCACGAACAGCACAAAGCGUCAUCCGCUGUGAAGCUUGUCCAAAGGUCUUCGCUACUGGCGUCCAAAAUGUCAUGUUCACCGGUACCCUUCUGACUGUCGUCGCGGAUGCCUGGCUGCGGGUAUAUCACAGCGAUGCUUCCGAACUAGGCCCUCAAUCCGCAUCACCCGAGUAUGUCGCGCGCGUGUUGCAAAGUGAAGAUCCAGCGCAAGCUUGGAACAUCUGGCUCCAUCAGAUCGUCCGCCGUGCUGUUAUCGGCGGUGGUCUUGAAGCCGACGCCGUCACGAGAUGCUCUGAUCAACCGAGCUUAUUGUCGCUCAUUGCAGAGGUUGAGAAUCGCCAGCGUCGAUGGCAUGAACCGGGUCAACACCCGUUCAAGGGAUUCAAUCCUAUGAAUCCUUUAGCGUCUUGUGAUCCGCUUGUGUCCCAAGAGAAUGAGGAUCAUGCUCAGCAUGAAGAGAAGGAGCUCUUAUGUCUAAGGGUUGUUGGGAGUGCGAGGGCUGUUAUUGCCAAGUUCAACUUUGAUCCGUCUGAGUUUCCCGACGGUGUUUUCCCUGAUAACUUGACGCCUGAGUCGAUUUAA